UCUGACAAGACUUUUAGGAGGGUAUCUGAACCAUCCCUAUUGUCAGCAAGUGCUGGGGAGUUUCAUGCUUUGUCACUACUGAAUGUGGGAGGAGGAAAUAACCGAUUGUGGAAACCUAUAAAAAGAAAGGAGCUGAGAUCAUAAAAGAGUGAAGAGAAAAGGAGGAAGCCAGGAAGAGGCAGCAGAAACACAUGGAGUGUGCAAGCUCUCAGUUGCUUGGAAUGCAAAGCAGGGGCAUGCUGUGGGCAUUUUCCCCACUUUCCAGGGCAGCUCUCCCUCACUGAAUGGAAGCACUAAGCUGGCUCCCUCUGCAAAGGCACCUUGGCUGCUGGGCACACCUUGCUUAUAUUGACUUUUUAGGACAGAGGACUAAACUGCCUGGACUGGUGUUAUUUCACUGAGCAAUUAGAUGUAUCACACAAAGUUACAUCUGCAACUUGGGAUAUGUUUAAACUGUACACCUUGAAGGAGUUAAGAAGGUUGAUUUUGCUUAUGGACUUCUGACCCAGCUUGCUUCAUUCAUCUCUUCUCUCCUUGGUUAUUCAUUAAAGGCACAAAGCAAUAACUUUAGUGCUGCAGCUUUUAGGCACUGGGGCAUCUGUUGACGACUGUGAGAGCUGCCAAUUAGAUCUGCUAUUCGUUUUUCCCGAGUGCUGAGAUGAACAUGGUUUUGCUGGGAAUGAAUGGGGAGUGCUGUUGCCUGCUACCUUUACUGGCUGCGGUGCUGAUGGUGGAAAGUUCCCAGUUAGAUGUAACCAGCUCAAAGAUUAAUGCCAUCAAGUCGGUCCUGCUGGUGCAGACUCCCACAGCAGCCACCAACAAAUCUGCAAGUAUCCAUCACGGAGUCUCACACAAGAAAGGGAAAAACAAUGGGCAGACAUACCCUUGCAUAAGUGAUAAGGAAUGUGAAGUUGGAAGGUACUGCUACAGUCCUCACCAGGCACCAUCUUCCUGUAUGUUAUGCAGGCGAAAGAAGAAACGAUGCCAUAGAGAUGGCAUGUGUUGUCCUGGCAAUCGCUGCAACAAUGGCAUUUGCAUUCCUGUUGCAGAAACCAUCCUGAGUCCUCAUAUCCCGGCACUUGAGACCAGCCCAAAAAAAAAUGGACACAUCUCUAACAAGGAUCUUGGAUGGCAAAAUCUUGGGAAACAUCACUCAAAGAUUCCCCACAUAAAAGGACACGAAGGAGACCCUUGUCUUCGAUCAACUGACUGCAUUGAAGGUCACUGCUGUGCUCGACACUUCUGGACAAAAAUCUGUAAACCAGUUUUGCACCAAGGGGAAGUAUGCACCAAGCUGAAAAAGAAAGGAUCUCAUGGCCUGGAGAUUUUUCAAAGAUGCGACUGUGCAAAAGGGCUAUCUUGCAAAGUAUGGAAAGAUGCCACCUACACUUCAAAGUCAAGACUUCACAUUUGUCAGAAAAUAUGACAGCUUGUUUAGUUGAUACGACAAGACUAGAAGAUUGCAGAAUUGGUACAUAUAAGGCUGGGCCAAAAGGACAUUGGUACUAAAGAUAAACACUGAACUGAAAGUCAAUACAUUUGGACUGGAGUAUUUAGGGCUUGUAUGUGUAAAUAAAACUGUUUGAGAGAAAGGAUAUUCAUAAAAGACUUACAUUUAAUAUUUUAACAGUGCAUGCCCACUGAUUUUACAAAAAUGUAUGAGCUUUAAUAAUGUAGACAUAAUCUAUGUUUGAGCAUUUUUCUAAAUGCUUGAAAAGCACACACAAUGUCAUACUUAUUCAUUUACUAGCUAACACAAGUACACCAUUCAUGGGGUGAGGAAACAAGUGUUCUUUUUCUUAAAUGCUUUGAUGCAUGUGAAUAUGUGAUACUACGUUCAAAGGCAAUAAUAUCAUGUAAAUGGAUGGAGUGCAUUGAACAAGGCACAAUAAAUUGCUAGAUGGCAACACACCAAAUACAACCCUUAAAAACAGAAUGCAAUUUCCACUGUACCUUGAUUUUACAUUGCCGGAUAAAAAAAACUUCCUGCACUAUACACUUUAUUUAUACGCAACAAAUAACACAAACUCCAUUUAUUUUUCCUUUAGGUUUGUAUUUCCCCUUAAUUUACUAUGUAUUUACCUUUGUAAAAUCAAGGUUUUAAUGUGCAGAAUAAAAUACCAUCGUUACAACAUUUUAAUAUAUCAGUUGGAUAUUUUCAUCAAUAAAAUCUUGUUAUUCAGCGUUAUGGAGAGGAGCACAACUCUGAUGUCUUUUCCUGCUUUCCCUAUACUGUAAACAAUACUUCAUACAGUUAAACAAAAAAAAGGAGCAAAGCUACCAUGUUUAACAUUUCAUGUUUGUUAUUUGUUUUUGUCCUAGCCUUACAAUAAAUCUAUUUCAUAUUUGUAAAAUAAAAUGCAUUUUCUCUCUGAA